UCCUGCUGCAUCACAACAGCCGCUUAACAGCUCGAGCAGCGCCGGUGGACCCGGGAGGGCAGGAUAACCGUAGCUAAUUAUCAUAUUCAUACCUAUAUAUAUAUACACACACAAACAUCUAUACACAUAUUGUAACUUUAGACGUUAUAACAGCAUCAUAACCGGUUGACCUGCAGAGACUGGUUGCGUUGGGAUAUGGCCAGACAAGAACAGGUUCUGCUCUUGGAGCCUCAGCAUGAGCUGAAAUUCCGAGGUCCAUUCUCAGACAUGGUCACCACGACUCUCAAGCUCUCCAACCCUACAGACAGAAAUGUGUGUUUCAAGGUCAAGACGACGGCACCACGCCGGUACUGCGUCCGGCCAAACAGCGGCAUCAUCGACGCAGGCACCUCCAUCAACGUCUCAGUCAUGCUGCAGCCCUUCGACUACGAUCCUAACGAGAAGAGCAAACACAAGUUCAUGGUCCAGUCCAUGCUGGCACCGCCCGACAUGACGGACAUGGAGGGAGUGUGGAAGGAGGCCAAGCCAGAGGAGCUGAUGGACUCCAAGCUGAGGUGCAUGUUUGAGCUGCCAGUGGAGAACGAGAAAACGCACGACAUGGAGUCCAACAAGAUGAUGUCAUCCAGCCUGCUGAAGUCGGAGUCCUCCACGCUGUCCAUGAAGUCCAUGGGCUCCACCCUGGACGACGGCGAGGUGAAGAAGAUCAUGGAGGAGUGUAAGAGGCUGCAGAUGGAGGCCCAGAGGCUACGGGAAGAGAACAAACAGAUCAGGGAGGAUGACGGCCUGCGAAUGAGGAAGACCAACGUGAUGUCAUCUCAGCACCCCUCCGCCUCUGUUGCCGUGGUGAAGGAGGAAGGGCUGAGCGCCCGCAUGAUGGCACUCAUCGUGCUCUUCUUUGUAGUGGGCGUCGUCGUGGGCAAGUUGGUCUUGUAGAGAGAGAGAGAGAGAGAGAGAGAGAGAGAGAGAGAGAGAGAGAGAUGGAGAGAGGGAGAAAGAGAGAGAGAGAGAGGGAGAGAUGGAGAAAGAGAGAGAGAGUGCAGCGCGAUUCGGUCGGCCGCAGCAUGCUUUUAGGAUGGGAGGGGAUGGGGACGAAAACAGACAAAACAAAAACAAACACUAGAUCUUGCAUUCUGGUUCGGAAAUGCCACGGUCCG